CCAUCUUCUUCAAAUCUUAAUUUACUCUUCACAAAGUGGCACGAAAAAAAGGGUUUGAAGGACAUUUUUUAAGCCGUUUGUUGCCCUUGACUCUCUAAUCACUGUUCUAUAGUCCGUGCUCCACUGUAUACUAAUCGAACUGCUGACAGAAAAACGAUGAGUAAGUGUAAAGAGCUCAGUGAUACAGACAGAGAUCUGCUGCUCAUCGGUAAGGCAAGUGGAACCAAACCCACUCAGAUGGCUGAGAUGGAAAAGUUGCUACAACAAACCAAAAGCCUAAUGAAGACGACAGAGGCAGAAUCAGAAAGCAAAGACUGUGGGGAUGUCAUGGUGACUGAUCUGGAAGAGAAGGUACAGCGCAGCAGAAGAGAGCGUCGUAACUCCCUUCACCGCACACAACUGCUGGAGACUCAGAUGAAGACUGUUCAUGGUGAGCUUAUUGGCACCCUUGAUCACCUGCAGGAGCUGCGCAACAAAUUGCGGCGCACACAGCAGAAUGCAGAAGAGCGAGAAGCAGCUAUGCAAAAACUGGCGACAGGGCUCCGAUGAGACACCACCUUUCUGCCUUAAGUUCAUCCGAUACCUUAUCUUAUUGACUUAACUGUCCUGAAAAGUUUGGUUGACCACCAAUCAUUUUAUUUGAGUAAUUAUAAAUGAAUAAAUUAUUGAGUGAAUUCAGUGCCUUUUUUAGGGCAGAUUCCUGGCGGCGUAACUUAAUGGGCGGUAGACCCAGCAUGCUUUGUAUGGGACUGCAUUUGGAAAGUUAUUUUUCAAACAAAGUGUUAUUUUAUGUUUUUCGAAGAAAAAAUAAAGACUUGUUAGUUUUUAAUGUUUAUUUAUUUUAGAUCUCUGGUUAUUAUAGUUUGUAAGAGUGGUGCUUCUGCUUAGGCUGAGGGAAGAAUAUUGUAAAGUGAUUGUGCAGUGCCAGUACUGACACCAGACUCUUCAUUGCUCAUGAUAUAUAUUUAAGUUACUUUAAAGUAAAAAAAUAAAUAAGUCAAAUUACAACUCAAAUGUAAUUUUCAAUGAUUUACUAAACUGAUGGACAUGUACUGAAUUGUAAGCACAAUUUUAUUUAAUGAAAAAUAUGCUUGUUAUCUGUUAACAAAUUUUCAUCAAUAUAGUGUCA